UCAUGGCGAGCUGGUGGUCAGACGCUGGAAGUUCUGAAGGUGCGGAGGAUGACUCAAUUCUCUCUCGGGUUCUUCACGCUGUCGGGAUGUUUGGAGACAUUUUGUCUCUAGAUGAAGCCAUGGAAGCUGAAGAGGACGAGCUGAGCACAGCGCACGGAGGAGAGCAAGACAGAGCCGAGCAGACUACGGGGAAACAAAGGGAUGUAGAAACAUGUGAGCUGAAAGGUGGAGUUGAUGAAACUGAGAUGGAUGUGCUGCACAAGAGAGCACAUCCAGAAGAGGUGGGAGAAGUGACGGAGGUUGAAAGAGAGCUGGAAUUAAUGGAGAACAUUCAAGCAGAUGGUGAAGAGGAAGAGGAGCAUCCUCUUCAGGAAGACAAGAAAGACUUCAACCAGGAAAACAGAGGAUACGAGGAAGACAAUUCGGAGGACAAAGUGACUCCUGAAAGACAUGAGAACAAUGCAGUGAAGGACUUUCUGAAGGGAAAAAAAGAGGACGCCAAAGAGAUGGAGGAAGAGGAGAGUCAAGACAGUGAGUCAAACCUGGAUCACCCGCAUGGUGAGAAGAAUCACCAAGAAGAAAAGUUAGAUGAGGAAGGAGUGGAGCUGGAGGUGGAGGAGAGGGGCAGGGUCUGUCAUGUUGGAGAGCAAGUGGGGGAACAGCAGGAUGUUCUGGAAACAGAAUGUCAAGAUGUUGAUCAUGAGACAGAGACAGAAGUAAAAACGAAAAAUGAGGGAGGAGGAGAGCAAGGACUCAGAAAAGAAAAGGAUCCUGAACUGACAGGAGACAUCUUGGAUGCUAGUGCACAGAAAGUGAUGGAAAGUCCACUCGAUGACGAUGGUGUAGUUGAUGAGGAAAAGAGGGGAGACAGUACGAAGGAAGAGGAUGAAAACAGCCAAACCAGUAUGUCACCAUCCCAUGAGAAAUGUGACGUGAUCGUGAAUGAAGUGGAGAAAGAGCAGGAGGACGUUGAGGGGAAAGACACAGAAAAGAAACAGGAAAUUGAAAAUGCAGAGGAAAAACAGACUAGUUUUGAUGUGAAAAGCGAUGCGGUGAUUAUACAAGAUGAAAUAUCUGAUGAUAAGGAGGAACAGGAAGAAGAAGAAAACACAGAGAGAAAGGAGGAGGAGAGACUAAACGAAGAAUCGGAAAAGGAUUCAAACAGUGAAGACGCGAAACUGGAAAGAGAAGUGAUUGAAGAAGAGAAGAAUGGAGAUGAUGAAGCUCGGUGGGUGGAUCUGGAGGCUGGAGAUGGAAGCGAUGGGAACAUGCCAGAGACGGAGAAGAAUGAUGAAUCAAAAAAUGAAAGCUGUGGUUUCCAUGACAACCAUAUGUAUCACACAUGCGGUGAUUAUCAAGAGAGACGAGAGCCCUCUGACUCAACCGAAGCUGUGAUGACCUCACUUCCUGAAACAGCUCUGAUUCUGGAAGAGUCAAUGAUGACUCAGCAGAACACGUCUGGAGACAGUUGUCCUAAAGAACAACUGGCAGAGGAGCCCACAACUGAGGAGAACUUUAUCAAAAUGGCUGAGCAUUCCACCGAAUGGGAGGAGGCUGACUCAGGUGUCAAGAUGACCGACCUCACUCUGGAAAUGGACCCUGGAGGAGGAGGAGCCGUACGAGACGUGUCAGAGGAAAGAACGUCACGGCCGAACUCUUCCAGUGAAGACAGCGAUCUAGAGGUGCGGCCUCUAGAAACGGAGGAGAAGAGCGAAGCAGCCAGGUAUCAGACGGUGUCGUACCGCAGGAUCCGCAAAGGAAACACCCGCCAGAGGAUUGACCACUUCGAGUCCAUGCUCAACCCAUGAGCCAGAAACUUUAAAUGAUGCUUUAAUGAUCACCUAUAUUCUGAGUGGUACCAUAAAAUCCUUAUCAGCAAAAUUGCCCAUGUAUUCCAACUUUAGUAAAGUUAAUACAUUGAAAUUCACAACAGUAUUAUAAAGGCGAUCAAAUCUAAUCUCUAUCUCAGUGCUGGGACAUUUGCUGUAGCAUGGUAUAAAUAA